GGGAUUUUCGCCGGUGAAUCAGGGGGAAGUGUGCACAGCACUGGCUGUAGGUCGCAUCGGGUACGGGGCGGCCAAGAAUAGCAAAGAGCACGCGAAUCUAGCCGUCGUGUGGCCGACAGAGCAGCAAAGAGUGACCGCUCCCUCCAUAGCGUGAGAGUGAUAAAGAGGGAUUCCUAAACCUUCGAGAUUUAACGAGGUGAUAUAUUAAAAGGAGGUGGACGAAUCGCCGCGUACGUCGCUCUUGUAUAUGGGGCCAGGAGACGGCCGAAAACCAUUUCGCCGAGUUAAGUCGCGCAAGGUGAAGUGACCGUGUGAAGUGGUUAUACGAAGUGUAAGAAGAGGAGGUAGUGGCGGUGGAGGAGGCCGAGGGUUCGGUAAGCGUGGAGGAGAGGCGACCCAGGGCGAAGUGGUUAUAAUAGUGACCGAGUGAUCGGCUGAGAGUUUUGCGAACCAAUGUCUAUCGAGACUCGUUCGAGCUCGGCUCUCUUUAAGAGGGCCGAACAGCUCAAGCGAUGGGAGCAAUCCGAGACUAAUCGGGAACCGGCCCAGCCGCGGCAAGUGGCACGCAAGAUCAAGUUUUCGGCGGACUGCGUGUUUCUCGCGGCGUGUGCAGCGGGCGAUAAGGAUGAGGUCGUCCGCCUCUUGCAAAAGGGAGCGGACAUUAAUACAGGAAACGUCGACGGGCUCACAGCCCUGCAUCAGGCAUGCAUCGACGACGAUUUGGAUAUGGUGGAGUUCCUGGUGGAACAAGGAGCGGACAUCAAUCGUGGCGACAACGAAGGCUGGACGCCUCUUCACGCUACAGCAUCCUGCGGAUUCAUAUCGAUCGCAAAAUACUUAAUAGAGCAAGGAUGCAAUUUGGCAGCCGUCAACAACGACGGCGAGCUGGCCCUCGACAUCGCGGAAAGCGACGAGAUGGAGGAUAUGCUCCAACAACAUAUAAAUAAAGCAGGUAUAGAUUGCGAUCAAGCCAGAAGCGAGGAGGAAAGGUCAAUGUUGAAUGAUGCAAGAGCUUGGCGAUCAGGAGUACCGGGCAAGGAUAACGCUCAUCCGAGGUCCGGGGCUACGGCUCUCCACGUCGCUGCUGCCAAGGGCUACCUCAAAGUCAUGAACGUAUUGCUGCAGGCACGCUGUGAUGUUAAUGUUCAGGAUUUUGACGGCUGGACGCCUUUACACGGUGCAGCCCAUUGGGGUCAACUGGAAGCCUGCAAACUCCUGGUGGAGAAUUUCUGUGAUAUGGACAUUAAGAAUUAUGCUGGCCAAACCGCUUUCGACGUGGCUGAUGCCGACAUUCUCAAAGCUCUUGAGGAGUUGAAGAAGAAGCAACAAGUCAUGCUGAAGGAUCAUCCGCAAAUCAAUAACAAGAAACAACCGUCAAUACCAAAGAAACGUGUAUCUACGAAUAAUGAAAAUGCGGUUGUCACUCAAGAGGGUGUGGAAACGUUCGAAGAAGAAACCCCGAAUAAGGUGAAGAAGGUUGAAUUAGAAAUUCAAUCUGACAAGGAAGAUUCGAGUGCAGCGACAAACAGUGAUGUUGAAGGCGGCGCUGAAACAGACAUGGACGCCAGUGAUGGUGAGGGUGAUUCUGAGACUAGCUCAGAUUCGCAUACCUCAAGUCGUUCAGAUCAAUCUAAUAAAUCCAACCAAUCGGACCACUCGGCAUGUCUGACCGACGACGAAAAGAAGAAUAGAGUGAAUAGAGACGAAACAGCAUCUCACAGUCCAUCAUCAACCAUUGAAAGCAACAAAGUUCCUAAUCAGGCUCCGAUAUUGCCACCGAAACAACAGACUGAGAACAAUGAAGAUGGAAGUAUACCAUCAUGGCGACGCUCGGGUUCGUUCAGAAGUAGAAAUCAAGACACGGAGGCUACAAACUCCAUAACUACGAGACUAGAGGACAAGGAAAAAUCUGUUCCAAAGUCUCCAACCUCGCCGAAUAAAAUAAAUGUGGACCAGGACGUUCCUCUGAGAAGAACCCAUAGUUUUGAGACAGACGAGAAGUUCUAUGAGCAGUACUUGGCAUUGCGAGCCCGCAUCAAGGCGUCCUCCUGCCCUACUCUCCAUCGCUGCAAUCCAGCUACUCCCACUCAUACCAACGCUACGACCACUCGUUCUGCGUCCCUACGCGAGACUCACAGGAGAAAGGAGGUGAAGUUGAAUUUAGAAUUGUCAAGGGUGCCUCAAGGAAGCAAUACAUCUUCACCGACUUCGGUGUCUAAUAAAUUGCUGUCAUCCCCUACACUACCAGCUAGUACUACCACUUCUACUGCCACAACGACUACUACUACGAGUCCUGUUUCAACCAAUCAGAUACGCAGCGUUCAGCCAGUGGAAACAACAGCAGCAGUUGUAUCACCAGCAAACAAUACCACGGGAACUCCUGUGACCCCGACCACACCGGGCGGGAGCAAGCUCAGUCCAGGAAAUAUCUUCAAGAAUUUCUUCAAAUCCUUCGUACCUCCAGUUCGUGACGAGGAGAGCGAAACGCAGAGGAAAGCCCAUGCAAAGAGAGUACGAGAAACACGACGCUCCACUCAGGGCGUUACCCUGGAUGAGAUCAAGAGUGCGGAGCAACUGGUGAAGAAGAAACAGCAGCAAAACAAUGAGACGACCACUGCCACUCCCGUGCCUUCGACACAGCCCGCAGCUUCUGUCAGCAACACAGCCUCAAUCACAGCUACGAUAACAACAGCUACUCCUACCACCGUGACAGCAAACAAAUCCUCCGAAGAAACUAACUUGCCUGAGAGACGGCCCUCUUGGAGGCUCAGGGUAGAUAAUGGAAGCAAGUUCCAGCUAGAGGAUGCAAAUAAUAGAUCGGCCGACACUGCUACGGCAUAUAUCAGAAGACCAUCAGGUGGGACCAGUGUGCCUAGACCAAGUUCUGCACCCGUAGAGACAAUCACGGCUAGCACAGCCGAAACAACAGUUACUUUACCUCUUAGACGACCCUUGAAGCCUCCUGAAGAUAAGGAACAAGACAAGGAGAAUGACAGCAGGAAUGCACAGGCGACUCAGGCUGUUAUCCAGAGGAGACGGAGACCCAAGAGAAGAUCCACCGGUGUUGUCCACGUCGACAUGGAUGAAAUUGAUCCGGAAAGACAAGAUACAUCGGCCGGUGGUGACUACGAUGAUUCGAAGGUCAACCACAACGAGAGCGGUACCGAGCGUUCCGGAAGAUCCAGUAGACUUGGAUCUGUCUCGUCAGUAUCCUCUGAUGCACCUACGGCACCUGCGAGGACGAAAUCGGUAACUUCGGAGAAUGGAGAGCUUGAUUAUAAGAAGCUCUACGAGGAAUCACAAGCUGAGAACGAGAGACUCAGGGAGAAGUUACGUCGUUCCGACGAGCAGCUUAAGGAAACUAAAGGUCUAUUGGAUAAGGCGCAAACUGCCCAAAAUAAGAGUUCCCUCUCCGAGGCUGAGAAACGGGAGAGGAGGGCUAUGGAGAGGAAACUCUCUGAGAUGGAGGAAGAACUCAAGCAAUUGCAAAAGCUCAAAGCUGAAAAUGAGAGAUUGAAAGCCGAAAAUCGGGCACUUACCCGCGUCGUAUCCAAACUCACCAAUACUACUAAAUAGAUGAUGGAGCAACUCAAGUGCGAAAACCAGAGGCUAAAGGAUGAAAACGGUGCCUUGAUCAGGGUGAUCAGUAAGCUGUCCAAGUAACUCCAGCGAGCCCGGCUGAAGCCUACGUAAAAGAAAAAAGGAAAAAAAAACCGUUUUAUCUAAGUUGUAUUAUUUUAUCUAAGUUAUUACACGAUAAAUAACCAUUUUAACGAUACAUCAUUAUCAUUAUGUUUAUUAUUACUAUGACUAUUAUUAUUAUUAUUUACGACAUAUUGCAGAUGGAUUGAUCUUUUUUGUGUUAGUUAUUUUAUUUAUUAAAGGAGAAUCAGUUACUCUCGUGGCUGUGCCGAGUGUAUGAAACGGGACGGCGAUCUUGAAUUAUUUUAUAAUCCGAAAUCGAGAUGCGAUGUCGAAAGCAAAAUCGAAGGAAGUAAAUGAAAUUUAGAUAAAGAAUAUCCAAGAGAUAAAUUCGUCUAUUUUAAAGUCGUCUCGAGUCUGUAUUAUUCCGUCUACGAGUCACUGACAAUAUACACGUGCAGUUUGACAAUGUCUGGCCAAAGUUUUUACAGGUUAUGCGAUAUAUCGGCUGAACUGCCUGGAUUUUCUCUCUCUGUCUAUCUCUCUCUCUUUCUCUCUCUCUCUCUCUCUCUCUCUCUCUCUCUCUCUAUAAUUUUACCUUGAUUAUUCGGCUUGGCCGCCAAACACUUUUUCUAUACUAAUUAUAAUAUUACCGAACUUGACCUCCUCUAUUAUUCUUGCGAGAUCAUUAUUAUACAUUACCAGAGCUGUUUUACUCUGUGUUCGAUCGUAAGCCAGGGCGAUAUUGUAGUAUAUAAACAUGUAGAUAUUUUCGAAUAUACCGGCAGCGUAAUGUACGUAAUGCUUAAGCGAACAUCGCACGAUUCCAGGACACUCAUAAUUGUCUUCUCGGAAAGUUUGCUGGCUCAAAAGCUAGUAAGAUAGUUGAGACCUUAAGAAAGUUGUGGAUAUCCUUGGGAUACAGCAGUAUAGUCUAUUGGAGUUUGUACUUCUUUUAUAUGUUGCGUGUCGGGAUUCGAAUGAUCUACGUGGAAAAAUAAAAGAGAAUCAGCCACAUGGUGUACAGUUCGGACCUGUUACUGAUAUACAUUAUUACAUAAAAUAUAUGCGUACAUAUAUCGCGUACGCGAAUGUAGAGUAGUACGAGGUAUUUUCUCCAAGAGUCGAUCUUCGCUACUCGAAGUGGCCUUUUUCUCAGAAGACUGCAGUUAUAUAAACGUUUUCACUCGUUGCCACUAAUUAGAGAAUGAUACAGCUAAGCGGCGUGACUUUAAUGCGUUAGUUGAACCAGGAGUCUUCAGUACGGCCAUAUUUCUUUUUUUUUUACAAAUAUGGCCUACGGUUCAAUUGUGAUAGGAUGCGUACGCGCUGCUUACAAAUGGAGGAUUGAGCAGUCCUUCCUUUUGAAAUUUUUUCCCUGGUUUUGAAAUGUUGCAAUUCUUGUCCUUUGCUCUUUUCUUCGUUGUCAAAAAAAAAAAAACAAGCGAAUACUUCCAGUGCGGUUGACUCCUUCCGGGAUUUCAGAAGAAGCAAUGAACUUUAGUUGAUAAGUCCUUUAUACCUUGGCCGGAUAUUACGUUCCCAUCAUUGGUCAAUUAUUCUCAAUGGUUGUCGUGAAUAAACGUAAAGUGAUAUGUCUUCGCAGAGUCGUUCUUCUAUCGUCAGUCGAUAUUCCUGUGGAUGAAACUUAGCGAACGGGGUGAUUAUUAUACCUGAACGCGACUUCUAUGUAUAGGGAAUACUGGUAUAGGAUAUGACGUAAUUGGAGAAACUGCAAUUGAUACGUUUCUAGUGACAUUGUUGUAAAGAAUUGUAAGAAAAAAUAUCAGUGUAGUUGUUUCAUAUUGAAGUUUGUUACAAAAUAACAUAAUUUAGCGUAACCUUUAUUUAGUAUAAAGAUAGGUAGUCACCUCCCCAUUGUACUGUAUUAUAUAAUAGUGAUAUCCAUGUGCUUAUUGUACUAUAUAACUUUUAAGUGUUCACAGACGCGUUAUAUAUUGUCGCAGUCCUUGCGAAAUUAUCAUCGCCGAUAUACGACACCCGUUAUUAUUGUAUAGCUGUGUUAUAUCAGAAAAAAAAAAAUGAAAUGAUUAACGAUAUAUAACGUAGUAGUGCGCGCAGGUCGAUCUUUAUCAAAUAAUGUACACGGCGUAAUUUAACCGAUGUUGAUUAGUAAUUCUUAAUCGUAAAUAUUAAUUUAUUGAAGGCGUAACAACGAUCGGUAAUAAUUAAAAGCGUAACUAAUUGCAUUAAUUUUUUCUCGUUCAAACGAGACACGUAGUCCGCUGGAAGUCUUCUAGUUACUUAAAGGAUAAACGAAAGAAAGUGAUGAAAAAAAAAAAACAAAAAUUGAAAAAUAUAUAUACAUAUAUGUAUAGCAUAUAGAGGCGUAAGAAAAAUUAAUAA